GAAAGCCAAUCGAUUGGACUACACCUGAGUGUAUAAAACUGAAGCUACGGUUGUCCUGUCAUUCAUUCGAUUCGUUCGUCUUCAAGCUAGUGCAUCGAUAAAAAUCAAUCAAGACAAAGCCAUGAAAUCGUUUGCGGUGUUCUGUUACGCGGUGUGCGCGUUGACCGUUAUCGGUUCGACAAGGUGCGAACCGACGGAGGACGGCGCUCCGACCGACAAAGCACCACAGGCCAACAGAAGAAGCAUCGGCGAGUACCACGGACUGUACGCACCGGCUUACCACACUCACUACAGCCCGGCCAGCUAUCACGGCCACUACGCCCCCGCGUCCACCCACUACCACACUUACGGCUACGCGGCCCCAGCGCACUACCACGGUCACGGUUACGCGGCCCCGGCACACUACCACGGCCACGGAUACGCUCCGGCACACUACCACGGCCACUACUACAACCAUCACGAGACCACCGUGCACGGAUUCAAACACCAGCCCGUCGUCUACCAGUCGGUGGUGCACACGUACCCCACGGCCACAACGGUCGUCCACAAACCGGUGCCGGUACCGGUCGCACACCCCGUCCCGGUGCCCGUCGUCCGGCCCGUGCCCGUCGAAGUGCCCCGGCCAUACCCCGUGCCCGUCAACCGACCGUACCCGGUGGCCGUCAUCAAGCCUGUCGCCGUGCCCGUGGCCCAGCCGUACCCGGUGACGGUGUACAAACCGUACCCCGUGCCCGUGUACCGGCCGGCCCCUGUGAUCCCGGUGCCCAGGCCAGCCGCCACUGCCGUACACUACGCCACCAGAAUUCCGACGGUUCGCGUACCGGUCGUCAGGUAUCCGGCGCCCUCGUCGUACCUGCAACACUCGCACGUUUAUGCUCCACAUUAUCGCGGGGCGGUGGCUUACCACGGACAGUCGUCGUACCAGGGACCCACUUCAUACCAGGCACCGGCUGCUUACCAGGGACCGUCGUCGUACCAGGCGGCGUACCCGGCAGAGGCGCCGUCGUCUUAUCUACAGCAGCUGGCGGCUCUCAGAGCGGCCGGCGGCAACUACGAAGUGAACGAGGCGGCGGUGGCACAGCAGCAGACCCUCCAAGACGAAUAUUCGUUCCUGCAAGAGCAGCGGGACGCGGGUGCCGCCGAUGUGCAUCACCACGACGACGACGCCCAUCACCAUCACCUGCACGACCACGGGGUGAUCGACCAGGACAGCGGUUUAGGUUCCGGCGCGGGUUACCCGUCGUUGACGGCCGAGACCAGUCUGGGGGUGCCGAGCACCGACUACACGGGCAAGAAGAAAUGAAACGCGGUACACUACGACGGGAGACGUUCCAGAAGACUGCAGCAGAGCCGCGUAUCAGCAGUCGACUCGAAACUCUCGGACUUGUAAUGAAAAACGAUUUCUUUCAAAUCAUCCACUUGGACAUCAAGUCCGGAGAGACGACUGUAUAUAAUUUGUUUAUUGUUAUAUUAUUAUUAUUAUUAUUAAAUAUUGUUUAGUAUGCCAUCGAGUCGUUCGACUCGACUGUAGUCCGUAUUAGAUACAUUUUAUUGUGACUUUUUUUUUUGCUAAAAUAAAUCUUAAAUGUCAUUUUUGUUAA